UUGGGUUGAUGUUGUUGAUCGGCGCGAGUUGUGAGCUAUACAGCUAGCAGGUGCGUGAAGAAUUCAAACGGUGAUCAUGUAAACAGUUAUUUGAGUAAACGUGCACAAAUUGAACUAAAAAUGUCGACGGGAACGGAAUAUAGCGAGAAACCGCACGUGGAAAACUUGCCAGUGACUUCGAGGUGCAUAGCAAUUGUUCUACAUAAAAUUCACCGAGAAAUAAAAUUUGAAAACGAGCAGUCGUUUUUCAGUGAAAACAAUGGAAAAGAGUUACUAUCGGAUUUUAAACUUCGUAACAAGACUUGCUAUUGGAAUCCUGGAUUAAUUGAAAGUAUUGCCAGUUUGGAAUAUUUAGGAUUUGUGAAACCAUGCACUCUGCUUGUUGUUGGGAGAAAUUUGGAAAAGAUACGUUCAGCAUGGGGAAGUCGAGUUUUGAAUGCACCAGACGGUUUCACCAUUGACAGAAUAGGUGAUGUUAACGGAAUUGAAAUGCAAGUUGUUCCACAGACAAAAUCUGUGCCAUUAACUGACGCAUUGUGUCAUAUAAUAAUGGAAUUAAACAAUCAAAGAAUUGUAGCAACUUUGGAUACAAUCCGUGAAAAAUUACAAUGUGCUUAUCAAGAUAUUCAACUUCCCUCGGAUAAACAACUUUUUGACACGUUAGGAAAUUUGAUCCGAGAAAGAAAAGUAUUUCAUACAGAAACUCCUUUCCAUGGAAGUGGAUAUUUUGUUGUUACACCAGAAACUUUCCGUCUUCCCACAACCACCAACGAAUCAAACGUCACAUUUAAUAACUGGUUACAGUAUCAACCUAUGUAUAUACCUGUGUUUCCACAGCAACAGAUUCCCAUGGUAACGCAUCCACCUGCUCCAGCUAUGGCACCAGUUCCAGCACCAGCUCAAAUGAGGACCGUGUCCUGUCAAGUAGAAUCGGCUGCCCCUGAAAAGCAAGCUAAGGGUCCGAAACCUCGAUCUCGAAGUCAGAGUAUGCGAGGACCUAAGGGUAAAGAGAAGGAGAAAAGUCUAGAGAAUGAGGAUUUUAAACGAGUUAUGUCGGUGCGAUGUCGACCAGAAAAAGCAAAGGAAAUAACCAAAGAUAUAAAUAAUAAAAAUAAUGCUAAUCAAGAUAAAGUUAAAGGUGAAAAAGUUUCUCUCUUCUCAAAAAUAUUUGGUCGUAAUAAGAAAAAAAAUACUCCUCCUCCUCCCCCUCCGGUUGAGGUUGAACCCCCAGCAGAAAAGGAGAAAGAAUAUGCAACAUUCUCAGCACAGUUCCCUCCCCCUGAAUGGCAGUGGUAUCAACAACAACAAGAAAAACAUCGUAGAACAGAGCAAUGGGUCUCACAACAGAUGGUGAAAUCUAGGACGUGGCAUUAUAUACAGAAUAUGGGUAUCAACGGCGGUGAACAGCCACAACAUGUUCGCUGUAACACCAUGGACGGACUAGCCCGUGUCCCAGCACAGGACCCGGCAUCACAUAACGUAUACAGUACCCUGGGUAGGACUGGAACGGCUGCUCACAGUGACUACAUGGUCAUUGAUGCACUUGUUGAUCCCAUCACAGGUGCUCCGAUUGAUCCAAGUUCGGGACAUUAUCAAGCAAAAACGGAAAGCGGUGGAUCAAAUACUCAAGAAAAGAUAACUCAGCGUAAAAGUUACCAUGACGACCGAAGAAGUCGUGAAAAUUUAGAUAAAAAAGGUCGGGAUCAUCCAGAGCGAAAGAGUCAGGAUUGUUUGGACAGGAAUGCUGGAGAGCAUGGUGAUCGUAAACGACAUGGUCAUCGAAAGCAUCGUAGCUCUAAGAAUCGUAAAGAACGAAACCAUGAUCAAGAUGAGAAUAUCGAUCCUUAUGGUGUUUAUGGAGCAAAGGACCCUCCAUCUCCUGUUCUUGCAUCUGAUAAUUUUUACCAGCCCUUAACGUCAUGUCCGGGUCCCUACCAUUCGACACCUAGAUUUUACGAUACGAUCCCUUCUCGACAACCUCGUGAGGAAUACGGACAUCAUGUCCCCCCUGCCAAUGAUCCCCAUCAAUCUACUCAACAUCAUACGUAUCAGCGUCGAUCACAUCGUCAUCGUAAAAAGUCGAGUCACCAUAGAAACACUUACUACGGUCACGGUACGUAUAAUGAUAUGGACAUUAGUUACGAAUAUCAUGGGAAGUUACCCAAUAAAAACUCUACUUACGCUCAGUCAUGCGACAGCGGUGUGAAUUGUGUCGGUUUAAAAACAGAAUCGUCUGGUGGAAAGACGGUGCAUAAAUCGCGAGAAUCAAUGCCUUUACCCAGGCCCCACGCGAAUAAAAAUAAAAAUCAGCUGGAUAACCUUCCUGAAGAGAUGGAGAAACCAAAAGGUGAUGAUGGGUACGUUGUCAUGGAGAGUCGUCCUCGUCGUUUACCUUGUAACGAUGGUUACGAUAGUAGUAUUAUGGAAACUCCGGCAAAUACUAUGAUCGUCUGUCAGGCGGAGAUUAACCAUCAUCCAAUACCACAAAUAGUCUUGGAUACUGAGCCUCAUCAAGCCAACUGCUAUGAACCAGAUGUGGCUCAAUCGUCCAGUAGCAAUAACGGCUCUAGAGUGGAAUUGAGCAGUACGAAAGAUGGAAGUGUUGAUACAGUUAUUGAAAAAGAUGAACGAGCUGAAGAUUGCCGUGGUAACCCAGCAGGGGAAGAUAACCCAGAAGAGAAACCAGAAUGUCAGCAAGAUAAACCAAUCGAAAAACCCCAAACACAGUUUGUCGACAAGGAGUUAAAGCCAUAUAAGGUUGAUAGCGUGACGUUAGAAGUUAAAGAAUUAAGUCUAAAAGAUAGCGGUUUUAGUUCUCCGCGAUACGUAGAGAUCACUGGAGGAAAUUGUCCCAAACAACCCGCCACUUAUCAACGAUUCCAAGAACACAUGGCCAAACCAGUUUUAAAGGUCAAUAACUCGAACAAUUGUGAAAAUGUGUACGAAAACCAAUCGCAUUGUGUCCGUGACCCUUUACAUCCCCAGUUUGAAAAUGGUCGACCUUUGCCUCACAAUGGGGAUAAAUGUCAAUGUCAUAGGUCACGACCCCAUGAAAAUCAACAACAACAAAUGGUGAUAAAUAAUCAACGCAGUAUUUUUCGACUUAAACCAGACAAUCUCGUCCAAUCACAAUGGGUUGAUGGACCCGCGUCCGAUUUACCUCAACAACAAGUAACGUACGCGAAACAGUUUCGAUUAAGUGGCGAAUUUGAAGUCGUCGGUGUUGUGUAGUUAGUUAUUAGUGCUUAUUGGUCAAAAUCUAUUUAUAGAUUGUAAAGGUGUUAUUCAGGUAAUGUUUAUAUAAUGUUUAUAUAUUAUGACAUUGAUUGACAGCAUGUAAAGCUGUCGGAAUAUCGAAAUGAGGAAUGAGAAUUAAGGCUAUUCCAUUUACAAUUAUCUUGGUGGUUGGCCACUUCUCGGAGAUUUCGUAAAACCCUUCAAUAUGGCAUUAUAGUAAGUUUAAAUGGAAUAGCCCUUAUGUCAUUGAUUGACACUUUGACAGUAAGUAAAGCUGUCGGAAUGAGAAUUAAAAGGCUAUUCCAUUUAAAAUUAUCUUGGUGGUUGGGAACACCCCAGCACACACUUCUCCGAACAUUUCGUAAAAACUCUUCAAUACUAAUUUUAAAUGGAAUAGCCCUUAGUGUAUAUUUAGAAUUUAUUUAAGCAAUAUUAGAAUGUGUUUUGUAGUAUUUCUGUUUGACUUUGAUCUCAUGCUAGUAAGUAAAACUGUUUUGUGAAAUGGGCCUACGAUAUAUAAAGCUUGUCUGCUAUGUAGGUCUAUAUAAUAGAUAGGUAUUAUUUACAUUGGUUGUAACACGAAUAUGCUUGUAACACGAAUAUGCUUCUCUUUAGAUAUCUCUCUGUCGCUUUCGAUAUUAUUUAUAAGCUUGAUUUAUAUUUAUAAAAUGCAGUUUCAAUUUAUGUUUCAUUUAUUUGUCUAAUAUCUGAUUCAUUACAGUCUCUGCUUGUAUAGAGCUACUAGUUGGCCUAGACUCUGCAUUACGGUUGCUAUGGGAUACAUUUCAUGCAUUGAAUGAACAUAUACUUUUAGCCUAGACUCUGCAUUACGGUUGCUAUAGGAUACGUUUGAUACAUUGACUUCUUCACCUGUGCACCUAAACUUGACUGAUUAAAAAAAAAAUUUCACAUAAAAUUACCAUAUUUGGGGUGAUAAAUAAUAUCUCAUAUUCAUCAAAGUCUCUGACGAAUGUCACAUGAUUUUUCCAAUUCAUCAUAACUUUGCAAAUACUAAAAAUAAUUAAACCUUAUUUGGACUGAUAAAGAUUCCACGUUCACAAUAUAGUACAUGUAAUUUGCAAUGGCUAUAAUGAUUCGUAUAUUUGAUAUCAAAAGCAAUCUGCAUUAUAUAGGAUUCUCAAUGUAUUGAAUGUAUGGCCAUUAUAAAGAAGCUUUACAACUUUGUUUUAAUUAGUUUGCCUGUAUAGUUUAUAUUCUAGACAUACUGUGAAAUUGACACUGAAUCAAGCUUAUUUCUAGAUAGAGAGUAUUAAAGAGAGAUAGUUGUAUUUUAUAUAGUUUUAGUUUUAUUUCGAUAAUUCUAAAGAUAGUCUUGAAUAUGAUCAAGAUUAGGGGUGUCAAACUCAUUUUAAUUCAGGGGCCUCAUGAAAUAAAACUUUACUUUAAGUGAGCCGGAGAUAUACAAAAAUAUCAAGAUCAAGCCAAAAGUCCUUGAACUUUACUGACAAACAGUACCGAAGUCAGAGUUUUACUGAAACCGGAAAACAAUUAUAAAUGAUUUCCACUGUUAGUUUCAUGGGCCACAUUUAAAACACUUGGUGGCCGCAUGUUUGACACCCCUGCUAUAGAUUUAAUUUAUUUUCAUGACUGUCAAGUUCACUCUUUAAUACUAAAACAUAGUCGUAUACUACGUAUUGUUUAAUGGUCGAAGGCAAGACAUUAAGUAAUAUAUUGUAAAAAUGGGGGGGGGGGCGUAGGCCCGAGUGUUUUUACAAUAUAUUACACAAUGUCUUUAGCUCGAGACCAUUAAACAACAUCUGUAUUUUAAAUACAUACAAGGGUCGUUACUUAGAUAUUUCUUUUCUUGAUCUACACUACAUAAAGAAAAUGAAAGUAGAAUAUUAUUAUAAUUAGACUUGUGAAUUAAUUGUGUAUGUAUUAUGUAUAUAGAUUGUAUAUCUGUUUGUUAUUGUAUGUGUGUAUGUAAUAUUUAUUAUUCAUCAGACUUUAUAUAUAUUUAUAUUGUAUAUUUACUAGGUUUGUAAUAAACACAAAACCAUAAUAUGGAACACUAAUUACUAUUUUAAUUAAAGUGAUGUUUCGUUGAGGGGUUCUCUCAAUGUUUUCAAGCAAAUGUCGAUUGCUAAAUGCCGCUCAAAGAAGAAAAAAACAGGUUUCUAGUUCAUCAGUUUUCUUCACUGAUUUAUUCAUUACCUAUAUAGAUCAGUGGUUCUCAACCCUGUUUUUGCCAACGACACACCUUGCAACACAUGAAAAAAUAGCGGCAUACCUGGCUAAAUAUAUAUAUGAAAAAUAUUUGAAUUUUGCAAAAUAAAAAUGUGGUAAGUCAUAGAUGGCAUACAAGCGUAGACAAAGACUAGUCGAAGGUGCGCAUUCUUCGAAUUCAAGUUAUAGACGGCAUACAACAGUAGACACAGACUAGUCAUAGACACAUAGAAUGACUCAAACUAAAUGAAGUAAAACAGAGCUAUGAACAGUAGUCACCAGUGAAUACUCAAUUGGGAUCAUGCUAACAUGGUUUUUCGUAUUUUCUUAGUGUGCCAAUAAAAAUUUCGCAGCACACUAAGAAAGAUCUGGUUGAGAAUCACUGCUAUAGAUUAAAUAUAAAUAUAAAUUUUGUUUUAUUUUUAUAUAAUUUCGUAGCCUCCACUCCAUUAAGAUCUGUUUUACAAGAGAAGUCACGGGUGAACGGUGAUUAAAUGACAUAAACUACUUAUAUUUAACCUUUCUCUACUGCUCUAGUAAAUGACAUAAACUACUUAUAUUUAACCGUUCUCUACUGCUUUAGUAAAUGACAUAAACUACUUAUAUUUAACCUUUCUCUACUGCUCUAGUGAAUGUCUCAUAUGAUAUUCUCGACAUGGUUCUCCCUUGUCAGAGGGUGUAGUAAUACUGGACUUCUUUGUUGUGUUUUCAUCGUGAUUGUAAAUAUAACUACAGGUUAGGUCCUUUAUACAACUUUAUUAUUAAAACCGCUUGGCAUCAAUGUUCCUCGUUCUCAAUAAAGUGUAUAUAGCUUUUGAUAGCUGCUCUGACAAACCGGAUGAGCUCUCCUGAAUUUCACUCAACACCCUCUUUUAUAACCCCCUAAUUUCUUUACGUCAUAGACUGAACUCUGCGUUAUUGUCCUUCCCAAAUAUGGAAUAAACAUCCCCAAAGACUGGGGGUGGGGGGAACAUUACUUUAUUUGGUUUACCAAACACAUGUCAUAAACAGAUAGUAUUCGAUGGAUAUUUUGACAAUGGAAAGGACAAAACCAGUGUUUUUACCAAAUUACCACUGUUUUUAUUUAUAAACACAUCAGUCAAAUUUCAUUUGAGUGCGUGAAAUAUGACUCUUAUACAAAGUGUGAAUCUAAUUAUUAGUUAAAAAUACAAUAUGGUCGCAAAGACCAAAUUACUACAGUAAUGCAUAUCUGUACAUGAUGUAUUUGCUACAAGUUUUCAAUGCAUUUUACUCUCUGUGUACUUAUUUUAAAUGGCAAUUUUAUAAUUUGUAUAUAAAUCGUGUACAAUUUUAAGUGUUUUUAUUUAAAUUUGUUACCUAGCAUCUUAUAGGAUAAUAAAGGCAAUAUGUAAUGUAACUAUGGCAACUGUCUGAUGCCAGUAUUAUUGUAUAAUAAGUAUAUAUAUAUAUUAAAAAAACCUUACAAAUCUUAAA